AUGGCUGGAGAUAAUGACUGGAUGAAAACGGCAGAUACAACGAAGAUGGAUUCUGAGUUUGUGAAAGCCGCUGGGGUUGAAUCAUCGAAGAGGCCUCCAGGGAGUAAUCCUGGUGGUGUUCUCCACCAACGCCCUAACUUGCCAUACAGUUACACCACCAUGGCUAUAGCUGGAUUAGCCAUCUCAGGUGCUAUCAUGUACACUGUUAUGUAUGUUAAGAAGAAGCCGGAAGCUAGUGCCACUGAUGUAGCAAAAGCGGCGACAGGGACGGCUAAACCUCAAGAUACGCAUCCAAGAAAGUAA